UUCAAAGCGUCGUUUGAGGCAAGAACUUUCUAAAUAGGAAGUGCGAUCAUCGCUUUCUUUAUUUUGGUCCACGUUGAAAGUUUCAGGGCUAAUAUCUUAGUCUUUUGGAUAUAAAAAGGAACCUGGGAACAAAACAGACCAUUUACUGAGAUAUGAAAACUCCUAGACAGACCAUUUACUGAGAUAUGAAAACUCCUAGACAGACCAUUUACUGAGAUAUGAAAACUCCUAGACAGACCAUUUACUGAGAUAUGAAAACUCCUAGACAGACCAUUUACUGAGAUAUGAAAACUCCUAGACAGACCAUUUACUGAGAUAUGAAAACUCCUAGACAGACCAUUUACUGAGAUAUGAAAACUCCUAGACAGACCAUUUACUGAGAUAUGAAAACUCCUAGACAGACCAUUUACUGAGAUAUGAAAACUCCUAGACAGACCAUUUCCUGAGAUAUGAAAACUCCUAGACAGACCAUUUACUGAGAUAUGAAAACUCCUAGACAGACCAUUUACUGAGAUAUGAAAACUCCUAGACAGACCAUUUACUGAGAUAUGAAAACUCCUAGACAGACCAUUUACUGAGAUAUGAAAACUCCUAGACAGACCAUUUACUGAGAUAUGAAAACUCCUAGACAGACCAUUUACUGAGAUAUGAAAACUCCUAGACAGACCAUUUACUGAGAUAUGAAAACUCCUAGACAGACCAUUUACUGAGAUAUGAAAACUCCUAGACAGACCAUUUACUGAGAUAUGAAAACUCCUAGACAGACCAUUUACUGAGAUAUGAAAACUCUUAGACAGACCAUUACUGAGAUAUGAAAACUCUUAGACAGUCUCUGUGGCCUCAUCACUACUGACUUGUGGUGCCUGGUCUCAUCGCUCACCAUGACCCAAACCGGCCAGGCCGAGGAGUGAGACAGCCAUGUCUGAUUCUACCUUGUUCAGAGCCACCAGAAUACUCUGCAGAAGUAUAUCUAGUGACAUGGAGGAGUCUGAGGCCAAGGGCAGAGGAGGAGCUGUCCCCAUGAGGAAGAGUUCAGACAGGAGGGGUUCUGACUGGGGAAGCAUCGCCAUGCUGGAUAAGACCAAGGAAUUCUUCCAGACCUGCGAUGUGGAGGGCAAAGGCUUCAUCACACGCACCGAUAUGAGGGUCUAGCAUUGACCACACCACUGGCACUGACAAGAUGAAAUCCACAAUCAGGUCUAGCAUUGACCACACCACUGGCACUGACAAGAUGAAAUCCACAGUCAGGUCUAGCAUUGACCACACCACUGGCACUGACAAGAUGAAAUCCACAAUCAGGUCUAGCAUUGACCACACCACUGGCACUGACAAGAUGAAAUCCACAGUCAGGUCUAGCAUUGACCACACCACUGGCACUGACAAGAUGAAAUCCACAAUCAGGUCUAGCAUUGACCACACCACUGGCACUGACAAUAUGAAAUCCACAAUCAGGUCUAGCAAUGACCACACCACUGGCACUGACAAUAUGAAAUCCACAAUCAGGUCUAGCAUUGACCACACCACUGGCACUGACAAGAUGAAAUCCACAAUCAGGUCUAGCAUUGACCACACCACUGGCACUGACAAGAUGAAAUCCACAAUCAGGUCUAGCAUUGACCACACCACUGGCACUGACAAUAUGAAAUCCACAGUCAGGUCUAGCAUUGACCACACCACUGGCACUGACAAUAUGAAAUCCACAAUCAGGUCUAGCAUUGACCACACCACUGGCACUGACAAUAUGAAAUCCACAAUCAGGUCUAGCAUUGACCACACCACUGGCACUGACAAUAUGAAAUCCACAAUCAGGUCUAGCAUUGACCACACCACUGGCACUGACAAUAUGAAAUCCACAGUCAGGUCUAGCAUUGACCACACCACUGGCACUGACAAUAUGAAAUCCACAGUCAGGUCUAGCAUUGACCACACCACUGGCACUGACAAUAUGAAAUCCACAAUCAGGUCUAGCAUUGACCACACCACUGGCACUGACCAGAUGAAAUCCACAAUCAGGUCUAGCAUUGACCACACCACUGGCACUGACAAGAUGAAAUCCACAAUCAGGUCUAGCAUUGACCACACCACUGGCACUGACAAAUGAAAUCCACAGUCAGGUCUAGCAUUGACCACACCACUGGCACUGACAAUAUGAAAUCCACAAUCAGGUCUAGCAUUGACCACACCACUGGCACUGACAAUAUGAAAUCCACAAUCAGGUCUAGCAUUGACCACACCACUGGCACUGACAAUAUGAAAUCCACAGUCAGGUCUAGCAUUGACCACACCACUGGCACUGACAAUAUGAAAUCCACAAUCAGGUCUAGCAUUGACCACACCACUGGCACUGACAAUAUGAAAUCCACAAUCAGGUCUAGCAUUGACCACACCACUGGCACUGACAAUAUGAAAUCCACAAUCAGGUCUAGCAUUGACCACACCACUGGCACUGACAAGAUGAAAUCCACAAUCAGGUCUAGCAUUGACCACACCACUGGCACUGACAAUAUGAAAUCCACAAUCAGGUCUAGCAUUGACCACACCACUGGCACUGACAAUAUGAAAUCCACAAUCAGGUCUAGCAUUGACCACACCACUGGCACUGACAAUAUGAAAUCCACAAUCAGGUCUAGCAUUGACCACACCACUGGCACUGACAAUAUGAAAUCCACAAUCUGGUCUAGCAUUGACCACACCACUGGCACUGACAAUAUGAAAUCCACAGUCAGGUCUAGCAUUGACCACACCACUGGCACUGACAAUAUGAAAUCCACAAUCAGGUCUAGCAUUGACCACACCACUGGCACUGACAAUAUGAAAUCCACAAUCAGGUCUAGCAUUGACCACACCACUGGCACUGACAAUAUGAAAUCCACAAUCAGGUCUAGCAUUGACCACACCACUGGCACUGACAAUAUGAAAUCCACAGUCAGGUCUAGCAUUGACCACACCACUGGCACUGACAAUAUGAAAUCCACAGUCAGGUCUAGCAUUGACCACACCACUGGCACUGACAAUAUGAAAUCCACAAUCAGGUUUAGCAUUGACCACACCACUGGCACUGACCAGAUGAAAUCCACAAUCAGGUCUAGCAUUGACCACACCACUGGCACUGACAAGAUGAAAUCCACAAUCAGGUCUAGCAUUGACCACACCACUGGCACUGACAAGAUGAAAUCCACAGUCAGGUCUAGCAUUGACCACACCACUGGCACUGACAAUAUGAAAUCCACAAUCAGGUCUAGCAUUGACCACACCACUGGCACUGACAAUAUGAAAUCCACAAUCAGGUCUAGCAUUGACCACACCACUGGCACUGACAAUAUGAAAUCCACAGUCAGGUCUAGCAUUGACCACACCACUGGCACUGACAAUAUGAAAUCCACAAUCA